GAGAAAACAGAUAGACACAAGUUUUUCUUCUCUCUGCCUUAUCAUAUUAGAGUUCAGGACGAACCAACGAAACUGAAGGUUUGAAGAUACAGGACAGAUGAAAGAAAAUGCUUCUUCACUUGGCAUAUAGUUAAACUAUGGAAUUUGGUCCCACAAGUAUGUAUGUAUGUAUGUAUGUAUGGCAGGCAUGGCCAAAUUUGGCCCUCCAGCUGUUUUGGGACUACAAUUUCCAUCAUCCCCGACCACUGGUCCUGUUAGCUGGGGUGAUGGGAGUUGUAGUCCCAAAACAGCUGGAGGGCCGAGUUUGGCCAUGCCUGAUUUAUAGCCUUUCCCUCCAAGGAGCUCAAGGAGGCGUACAUGGUUCUCCCCCGCCUCCCCCACAACACCCCUGUGAGGUAGGUUAGGGAUGAGAGGCCAAAACCGGCUCAAGGUCACCCAGUGAGCUUUGUGGUCCAGUGUGGAUUUGAACCCUAGUCUAACCACUACACCACACUGGCUCUCAAGCAGUGACCGCCACUGCCUUGGGUGGCUUUAAAAGAGGAUUAGAUAAAUCAAUGGAGGACGAAGCUGUCUAUGGCUACUAGUCAUGAGAUUCAAAGGUCGGGAGAGCGCUGUUGCUCUCGUGUUCUGGGCUUCCCAUGGGCAUCUGGUUCACCACUGUGAGCAUGGAGAUCGCAGCUGAUGGACCUUUGGUCUGAUCCAGCAGGACUCCACUUAGGGAGCAUUAUAAGAACCUGAAGCCAUGACUGCGAAAGUUCAGCUUCUAACAGAAGAUGGCUCCAGGCAAUGGUCUUGGGUUGCAUUCUAUUUUAGGGCUGCUAAUACCAUGGCAUUUGGAGCCUCCCACAGGCAAGAGCACCCAUACUUGCCCCUCCCUUAGGGCAAUGGGCACAGGCAAUGAUGGCAGGCAGGUUUUUUUUGCAGUGGGCACUUUUGCCUGAACCCAGCAUCAAGCAGACCUAUGAAUCAGGGGGAGUGAGGGCAGGGUGCGUGGGUUGGUGGGAGAACGGGCAGCCUGCAUGAAAUGACUGCACUUGUUGAAAUUCCUACAGGAGGCUCUUGAGAAAUAAAUGAUGGCUUCUGGGAUACCCUAGCACUAAUAAUAAACAGAAGGGAUGAAGGAUGCAAUCUCCUUUAUAGCACUAAUGCGUUGGCCCUCUGCCUCCUCGUCUAGCCAAGACACUCAUAGAGAGGAGUCAGGAGGAAGUGUGGGCCUCUUUGGCAACCGCCCCUGCUUCCCUAGGGAGGCCCAUCUCUCGUUGCUGUGGGAUCCGCUGACCUUGGGCUGAUUCACACAUGCUCACUCAUCACGAUCACUUGCCAACUGCAGCAUCAGCAGCUGCAUGUGCGAACGAACCACCCCAGGUAUGUAACCCUCGUGGGCAGAACUUCCACAUAGCAAAGCAAAGUCACGCAGUCUGCAUCAAGUGCAGAGAAACAGCUGUUUCCCUUUCUGCAGCUCCAUGCUAAGAAAAGGGCAGAUCUUCCCGGAAGAAGUGUGACCUACUUAAGACAGUGUGGUCAGGGAUCUUCCACCCUUUCCCCUCUCUGCUCCUUCCUGAUCCUGUGCCAGGUUGAUUCAUAGCAUGAGGCCACACCUGACACCUCUAAAAUUCAUGAUUAAUAUUUUCCUGGUGUUUUUUAAAAAUUCUUUUUAUGGCGGCCCUCCCCCAAUACAGACACAUUUUCUCCUUUUAUUUCAGAGAUGGUUUAUAAGGCAAUGUUUGGUUUUAAUUUAGCUCCCCCUUCUCCCUCCCACCCCCGAUUCAAUCCGUAGUUGCUCUUUGCUGCAUUGAGAUCCUGCCUUGUAACUUUGGCCUGAUCUGAGUCUCUGGGCCGGAGGCUGUUGUUCUCUGGUUAUGUAUUCAAUAAAGCCCUCCAUUGGUUCUACAUAAUUCACCCUGGUAAAAUAUAUUCUCAUUCAACAGUACUGCAGAGGGAUUUGAAGCAGCCCAUCUUAGCACCGGUUUCAAUAUGCACUUCAUAGUGACUCAUAUGUCUUAAUGGCUGGCCCAUCUCCUUGAACGUCUUUAAAUCUUGAUUGCUCGCUCUGGUAGUCAGGGCAUUGAUUAGCCAAAGGAGCAAUAAUAUAUACUCACCACUAAAAUGUUUUGAGAGCAUCUCCCUCCACCCUGUUAAUGCUGGGGGCUGGGGAGGGGACAGCUGGCAGGGAGACAGGAGGAGAAUAGAACUAGCAGCUUAGCUCAUCAAAGGGUGGAGCGGGGAAGGGGCUUAAUCAGUUUAUAUUUAUUGCAUAUUUAUCCCAGACUGGAUUCCAGUUGCUCAAGGCAAGUGCACACAUAGGUCUUUUUACCUUCACAAUAAUAACCUUUUUUAUGGAAGGUUAGAGUGCAAGAUCACCAUGCAAGCUUUGAGCUGAGCAUCGAUUUGAAGCUAGGGUUGUGUAUGCACCACACAUUUAAAGCACACACACAUCAAGACUCAUAGGAACUGUUGUUUAACCCUCAAAUAGCUACAGUUCCCAGCACCCUUAACCAACUAUAGUUCCCAGGAUUCUUUGGGGUGGGGAAUGUGCUUUUAAUAUACUUAAAUUGUAUGAUUUGCCCCGCCUAGUCCCCCAGAUCAUAGCCCUCUAACUACUGGACCACAUCAGCUUCCAAAAAUAUCACACUCUCCUCUUGCAUGGGAUUGAAAUCGUCUCCCAUCCAAGGAUCCACACCUACUUAACUUUAGAAUCACUGCAGCAUCAGGUAUUCCCUGACUAUUCGCUGUACUUGAAGGCCUCAUUCAGCCCCGUAUUUUUAAAAAACGAGGGCAGCCACCAUGGGAGAAAAGUAUAAUGAAGAAGAGUGUGAACCAUACUGUAAGGAAGGAGCUGGGAAUGGAUUCAUUUUCUGCCCACAAGGAAUUUCAUUUUAUUUGUCCAGAAGAAGAGCUAUUUGUUUCCCAAUGGGAAGGAUCCAGGAAACUGAUGAUGGCAGAGAUUCCAAACAUGGCAAAAUGAAUCCACACACCAUUCACCUAUGCAAAAUGUUAACAACUAGAUCCUUUUUAAUCCUUGAAGAAACUAACAGGAAAACAAAAAGGGAAAUGUCAGAGGGGGGCAGAGGCAUAUCUCUGUGUGCCCUUGUGCCCUUGGCAAGGAGCUGAGAGCCAGCGUGGUGUGGUGGUUAAGAGCGGUGGACUAGUAAUCUGGUGAACUGGGUUCACGUCUCCGCUCCUCCACAUGCAGCUGCUGGGUGACCUUGGACUAGUCACACUUCUCUGAAGUCUCUCAGCCUCACUCACCUCACAGAGUGUUUGUUGUGGGGGAGGAAGGGAAAGGAGAAUGUUAGCCACUUUGAGACUCCUUUGGGUAGUGAUAAAGCGGGAUAUCAAAUCCAAACUCCUCUUCUUCUUCUGUAUCAGAAGGUUAGAGUGCAAUAUAGUGCAAACUUUGAGCUGAGCAUGGAAUUUGAACCUUCUCCCCUCUCUCCCCCUCUCUCUCUCAAAUAAGCACUUUAUCACAAUAGCCAACUUAGAAAUUACAGUGGUACCUCAGGUUACAUACGCUUCAGGUUACAGACUCCGCUAACCCAGAAAUAAUGCUUCAGGUUAAGAACUUUGCUUCAGGAUGAGAACAGAAAUCGUGCUCCGGCGGUGCAGUGGCAGCAGGAGGCCCCAUUAGCUAAAGUGGUGCUUCAGGUUAAGAACAGUUUCAGGUUAAGAACGGAACGAAUUAAGUACUUAACCUGAGGUACCACUGUACUACAUUUUACACAACUCAGGUACUCAAAGUGACUGCAGUGAGAAGAGAAGGCGAGGAGGAAGGGCAAAAAAAUUGGCAUGAGAAGGAUGGGAAGCUUCUCCCACGUUUGAUUUCGCCACAACAGUGGCAACAUGUCACCACACGCAUAUGUGUCCUGCACACCAUAGUCUGAUACGUGAUUUGUGUGCCUCUGGCAGGAGCCAAUCUCCCCAACCCCUAGUGGUUGAGAGGGCUGUUCUGGCCAACAUCUUCAAAGCCUUGGUUACACCUCGCCCUUCUCUGCACCCACCCAGGAGCCAUAGAGAUUUGGGGACUUUGCAUACAAUUAGGGCUUUCACCUGAGUCAACAUGCCUAGAAUCGGACUUCUUUUCCACCGACUUGCAGGAACAAGUCAAACCGCAGAGCAGCGAGAGGAAGUGAGGGCUGAGAUGUCAGCGAAGAGAACGGUAAGUGCUGGAGGGUGUCAUGAAUUAGCCUCAAAACCACAAGCAGCAGCAGCAGCAGCAGGUGCCGCAGAGGAAGGCAGCGCGUGUCAGUGAAAGGGCAAAGCCUUUGCAAAGGAGGCACUCAGAGUAUCCAGGGCCGGCCCUACCAUUAGACACAGUGAGGCAACCUCAGCCAAUCUGCCUGACCCCCACCCUGCAGCCCAGGAUUAAAGGGAACAUAAAGUGUGGUAAUGGCCUGUGUGAGAAGCUUGCUCAUUCUAUCAUGCCAUUUUGAUUAGGCUUCCUAAGGUAUUGCCUGUUGGUGGCACUUGUGUCUCAGCUCAGGCUCUGCACUAGUCUUUUUGCUUAACUCCUCACCCAAUAGGAAAGAGUCCCACCCUGUCGCUGUGGGGGCAGCACAUCCUGCCCAACCCCGCCCCCCUCCACCCAGCAUCAACCAUUGCAGGAAAUGGAGCAGCUUCCGGUUUCUUUCCAGCUGCUGUUGCAGCCCCAGACUGACAUGGCUGCAGCACCAGCUCAGUUCUCCCAUGGCUUCUUUAAACUCUGCUCCCUCACUUUCCUUGUAAUCAUUUGGUGUGGUGAGUGUUUUCAUGUGAGCAUGGGCCUGACUCUCAAACUCAGGGUGGUGGCCUUGGCCAUUGCCAUCCUUGGGGACCCCUAUAUCCUCCAGUGUGUCUGGAACUGGUGCCUUUUCUUACUUAACCUCCCUUGGCUCAGUGAAUCCACAGUCUCUCUCCAGGGAUUUUCUUCCACAGCCCCACCUGAUUUUGCCCUUUCUCUCCAUUUAGCUUUGUUGGGCAUUGGAGCUAAAGUGAAGGUCACCCAGGAGCCUCUCUUCGCCAGCAUGUUGCAAAAGGGGCGCCAGACACUCAACUGCUCACAUUCAGAAAGCUCGCCCUACAAUUUCUUCUGGUAUCGCCAGCUGCCUGGGAAGAAAGAGCUACAGCAUAUCGGGAGCCUCUUUGAGUACAACGAGAAGCUGACUGAGUCAGAGGAGUGGCUGAGUGGGAAUUGGCUGGAGAAGGGAAAGAGAAUGAGUCUUGAGCUUCAAGGUCCUCAGCCUAGUGACACAGGGCUGUAUCUGUGUGCUGUAAGGGACACUGUGAAACAGGCAGGAACUGCGGCUGGUGCAAAACCGAGUGCCAGCAUCAAACAGCCCCAGCUCCUUCCUCGUGCUGCUGGCACACUUCCAAUAUCUCAUAAGUGCAGUCUCACUUCCCACAACCAGUGGGCAUACUGGUGCCAUCAUCUGCAUCAGGGACACACAGCGCAAGGAGCUGUGCAGAGGAACAGUCCUGAUGUCAGAUGUGCGCAACAUUACUUCCCACAAUCUGUGUACACUGAUGCCAUAAUCUGCACCAGGGUCCCCCAACCUGGCACCCUCCAGACGCUUUUUUGAACUACAGCCCACAUUAUCCCUGAUUGUUGGGCCUGCUGGCUAGGGCUGAUAUGAGCCUGAGUCCAACAUGAUCCAGAGGGCACCAGGUUGCAAAAGGCUGAUCUAUGCCACACACACAGCAGCCAGCUCAAUGCAAAGACUCAGUCACGUGGCACAUGGAGAGGCUGUUCUCACUGACACUGUUAUCUUCCAGGUGUCUGCUGGGCCCCACAUUCCAGGCCAAUUCACUCAUAUCACCUCCCUUGAUAGCUCCUCGCUCACUUCAUUACUCACUACCUCUGAAACAAAAAAUGCAGGUAGGAAAUUAUUUUCCAUUGCACUUCAGUCCAUCAACAGUACACACGUGCUUUUUGAACUUUUUUCAUUAUUGAUAACCAAGCUAGUUAGCUGUUGCAGGUAAAGGGUGAUCAUGGAGAAUACAAACUGUUUUCUGGA